AUCGUCAGGAUACAUCAGUCAUAGUUACAGCUAUCGGAAGUUAACACGCAGAAAAUAAAUUGUAUAGUAAAUAUAUACCGAUUAUUCUCUCUUAACUUGCCAAAAGUGUAAAAUAAGAAAGGAAGUGAAAAUAAAAAUGGCGCCGCUAGUCACUGCCUUCGUGUAAAGCAUUUAUUGUUGAAUGGUGACUUCGUCAACUUUCAUGUAUACAUACUACGUAUAAUCGUCGUCGUUCGUGUUGAAGACUUGUACCCGCAACAGCAGCAAUAGCCGCAGCUCGUAUACACUAUUACCAACACUCAGUAGUAGACUUUUCUCCCGUAAUCAAAGUAAACGAGAAUAUCAGCAAAAUGUCUGAAACCAUAACCGAGAAACCUUCCACCUACAAAGCUAACAACCCGAACCAUCACUGUUUGAGGUCGUACUUUUGUCCAACAUUUUUCUACACAAACAGCUACGACGUAACGGAUAAUAAAACGAAUGAAAUGUUCCAUCACCAAUGGAAACCGGAACAAUUUACUAUGGAUGAAAAAUAUCAACGUGAAGACGAACGCUUAAAGACAUUUGAAAACUGGCCAUUGGAGUGGCUGAAUAAGAAGGAAUUAGCGCAAACUGGUCUAUUCUAUACGGGCGAAGAUGAUAAGGUGAAAUGUUAUUUCUGUGAAGUUGAAAUCGGUCGUUGGGAGCGCGAAGAUCAGCCCGUUAAUGAGCAUUUACGUUUUUCACCCAAUUGCCCAUUGCUGAGACGUCGCACAACCAACAAUGUCCCGCUCAAUUGUGAAACACUGAAUCGCGUCUUACCACCCAUUAGUUAUGAUGUUUGUGGCAAUGAGGGACUCGAAUUGGAAAAUGAGGCUGCUGAGCCAUCAGUAGGGGCUGGCGCUGAGGAGGGUCUGACGACGACAGCACCCGUUGGCGUUACUUACCAAUAUGAUAGCAUAGCGAGUGGCCAUGCGACGCAUAACAACUCCAACGUCAGCAACAACAGCAGCAGCAGCAGUAGAUGUGGCAACGAAUUGCAAUUAUAUCGACCAGAGUAUCCUGAGUACGCUAUCGAAGCGGCACGUUUACGUUCGUUCGCCGAAUGGCCACGCAACAUGAAACAGCGGCCAAAGCAGCUGGCCGAUGCUGGCUUCUUUUACACCGGUAUUGGUGAUCGUGUCAAAUGCUUUAGCUGUGGUUGUGGCCUCAAGGAUUGGGAUGAUGACGAUGAACCAUGGGAACAGCAUGCGCUCUGGUUACCUAAAUGUCGUUACUUGAAUCUGCUGAAGGGCCAAAGUUUUAUUGACAGCGUUGCGGCCAAGUUCAAAAUGAAUAAUGGUAAAACCGCAGAUGCAGCACCAGAAUCAGAUGAACAUUGUCCAGCAACGGAGGCAACGCUUGCCGCAGCAGCAGCAGCAGCUCAAUCACCGGCGGUGCCGUGUACAACAACCGCAACAACGGCAGCAAAUGAUAAGACGAAUUCCACACAGGCAACAAUCGCCGAGGAGAAGCUCUGCAAGAUUUGCUAUGCUGAUGAAUACAACACGGCGUUUUUACCCUGUGGUCAUGUAGUGGCUUGCGCCAAGUGCGCGUCCUCGGUCUCGAAGUGCCCGGUCUGCCGAAAACCUUUUACAAAUGUGAUGCGUGUGUUUUUUCCUUAAUCAUCUAUAAACACUAUUUAUUAAACUGUAGACUAACCCGCGUUGUAAAUAAUAAAAACGUUAAUAUGCGGUCAUUCGGCCAGUUGUAGUUUAUGUAUAUGCCCC